AUGUCGCUAGAGCCUUUGCCACUACGCAUACCGAAAGCCAAGGCAGGCAACUCCAUGAGGCGUAUGCCCGUCCGUAGUGCUGUGCCUGCCGUCGAUACCUCGUCGCCAGUCUCGCAAGCAGCGUCGCCACUCUUUGGACUUCCAGCAGAACUCAGAAAUCGCAUCUAUGAUUAUCUGUUCGGGGCGGGCACCAUCCAUGUCCGCCUGAGACAUUGCAGCGCUUCGUCUCGACACCUGCUGCGCGAAGAGUGGGAAGCGCCGGAGAAGGGCGAGCUGGCUGUUGACAUUGCCACCAAGUGGAAGGAUGUAACCCAGUACAGUAAGCUGAGCUACGCUGUGUGCAACCAUCCCGAUCAAUGGGAUAGAGCAUACAAGUUGAGUAGGACGGCAGAAGAGGAUCGUCCUGAUUCACGAGAUGCUGGAGAUCGUGCUCGGGAGCAUUACAGCUAUGCCCAUUCGGAUUGCACGAGCAUGGUUGAGUACCUGGCGGCAGUCGAUACGAAUAGCCUCCAGGUCAGAUCAGAGCCAGAAGAGCUGACCAGCGAAAGACUUGCUCAAUCUGCCGUUCAUCUGAACAUUCUCCAAACAUGCCGUCAAAUCUACCGCGAAGCUUGGCGUCUUCCGUUCGACAGCUACACUUUCGACAUUCCCUUCAUUUGGCUCAACGAUUUCGCCACCCGAAUUCUGUACCCCCAUCAAGCGGCAUUGAUCGAGACAAUACAUGUCCGCAACAUCUGGGAAGCCCUCGCGUUCAAGCAGAUCGCUCGAAGCUUUCCCCAUCUCAAGAAAGUCUCCAUCUCAAACGAGGCAUGUAUGCCACUCAUUGGCUCCGAACAAGAAUGGAGGACUUUCUUCAACUUCAAUACUCUGGAGACGGUGGAAAUCAUGAUGGGCUCGAAUCGUGAGGUUGCUGAGCAGAAAGCUUGGUUCGCUGCAAAAUGCGACCUGAUGGAGCAGUUCUUGGUCAGGCCGAAGAGUGAUGAGGAGAGGGCGGAGAGAGCGGAGUAUGCGAAGAUUAUUGGGAAGAUGCCGAACUUUGGGAUCAAGUUCGUUGGAGAAUAUGAUUGA